UAAGCACUAAGGUAUAUGGUGCCUUGCAAGGGAUUCCCGAGUGUUCCUUAAUUCUUUUUCCUCUCUGCGCGAGAAAAACUUUUGCAGCGUAAAUCUGAAACCAGGUGUUCCUGUGAGGUGGCGCAGGAGGUCCUUGGGAGAGGCGAAGACAAGCUUGGCGUUUCCCCAUCCCCUUCUUUACCUCCUUCCUCGGCCUGCCUGCUUACGGCUCCGUGGUUUUUCUUUGCCUAGCCAAGCUUUCUUCCAUCCGCCCCGUUUCCAGGAGCGGGAGCGCCGAGGAGGUAUGGCAGAAACACGUGAAGGCGAGAAGUAAAAAACAAAACAAACGCGGAGUUCCAGCCAGUAGAGGCUUGGCAGCCCGGCUGCCGAAGAACAGGGGAGCGCAAAGCAGAGGAGAAGAAGGUGGCGGUUUCCUCCCGAAGGGGGCUCCUUUUCUCCACCCCUUCCCCUGGGUUCGUGGGGGAGUCUCUCGUCUCCUGACAGGUGCUCCUUUGAGCCCGCCGCGAGCUCUCUCGCCCCUUUUGCUUCUCUCUCCCCCCCCCCCCGCUUUCGUGAGGAUUGUGGCGCCCUUGGGAAGCUGAUCAUGCUUUGAACCUUAGGAGAGGAGGAGGGAGAAAACCCUGGAGACAGACGAAAGAAAGACUGUAGCCGAGGAAAAAGUUUUGGAUGGGAUUAUGUGGAAACUACCCUGCUCUUCUCCGCUGCCCAAGCAGGCUCGCUGCUGCUGCUGGUUUCUCACCAGCGGUGCAAUCUUUGCGGGCUGGUGGAGGUGGUGAAAACGACGACGCGGGGAGUACUUGAGCUGCCUGCAAGGACUUGGCGCGUGUGUUGUGCGUUAGAGAGUUUUCACCCCAGCCUACCAAAUGUUCCUCUUCGGGAUCUUCUCGCUGACACUUGUUCUGGUCAGCCAAAGACCGGGAGUCCACGCCGAAUCAAAUCUAAGCAGCAAGUUCCAAUUCUCCAGUGCUAAAGAGCAAAACGGAGUACAAGAGCCACAUCAUGAGAAGAUUAUUACUGUGUCUGCUAAUGGAAGUAUUCACAGCCCUAAGUUUCCUUACACUUAUCCCCGCAACACAGUACUUGUGUGGCGAUUAGUUGCAGCUGAAGAGAAUAUGUUGAUACAACUUACUUUUGAUGAAAGGUUUGGGCUUGAGGACCCAGAAGAUGAUAUGUGCAAGUAUGACUUCAUAGAAGUGGAAGAGCCUAGUGAUGGCACUAUCUUAGGACGGUGGUGUGGUUCUGCUACUGUUCCAGGCAAACAGAUCUCUAAAGGAAACCAGAUCAGGAUAAGAUUUGUUUCUGAUGAGUAUUUUCCUUCUGAACCUGGUUUCUGUAUUCAUUAUAAUCUUCUCACAACACUUCAUAUGGAAUCAGUCAGUCCAACAGUGUUGCCACCAUCAGCUUUACCAUUAGAAUUGCUAAACAAUGCUGUUGCUGCAUUUAGUACCAUAGAAGAACUUAUCAGGUACCUUGAGCCUGACAGGUGGCAGUUAGAUUUGGAAGACCUAUACAAACCAGGUUGGCACCUUCUGGGGAAAGCCUACAUUCAUGGCAGAAAAUCAAGAGUUGUAGAUUUGAACCUGCUGAAGGAGGAAGUAAGAAUGUAUAGCUGUACUCCACGCAACUUCUCAGUGUCGGUACGAGAGGAAUUAAAACGAACAGACACCAUUUUUUGGCCACUUUGUCUGUUGGUUAAACGCUGUGGUGGAAAUUGUGCCUGUUGUCAACAUUCUUGCAGUGAAUGCCAAUGUGUCCCUACCAAAGUCACCAAAAAGUAUCAUGAGGUCCUGCAACUGAAACCCAGAAGUGGUGUAAGAGGAUUGCAUAAAUCUCUGACAGAUGUCCCUUUGGAUCAUCAUGAGGAGUGUGACUGCGUGUGUAAAGGGAAUACAGAAGGAUAAAAGGAACUUCUUUCUUCUACAGCACAUUGAAUUAGAGGCUUAUUAUGUUCUGGGCCUUGUGCAUUAAUCUUCUUGUAUAAUCUCAGUUAUUUCCUUUGAAAAUCUUCUGUGUUCAAGCUUGAUGGUUUUGGGGAGAUGAAGAGAGAAGAAAUGAAACUGGGAUUAUGCAUGCAAUGUAACAGCACAUGAAAGCCCAUUAAAACUAUGGGCAGAAGGCAUUAAUGAGGAUUUUUUUCCUCCACCUUGAUAUAAAUAUAUAAUAUCAUCUCUCUUGCUUAUCCUGAAUUUUAAAAGAUUUAAGUUUAGAAAUGCUCAAAGCCUGAACUCUUCUAAUAGUCUUCCUUCUGCAGGUCAGUUACUUCUGGCUUAUCAUUCUAAACAUCUGGAAUCUUACUUCACUUAUUGCAGCAACUCCUAAACAUCCUAAAUUAAAGUGUUAAUUGCUUAAAAACUGUGUUAUUCUGAGUUAAACUUACAAUUUUCACUUAUAGAUGUAAAAAAGACUGGACAAUUUUCUAUGCUUUUUCCCAGUCAGGUUCCUGUCAUUUAGCAAAAAUGCCUGGUCAGUAUAUAUGAGCAGGGAGGAGAAGAUUGAAGCCAAUGAAGUAUCUUUAUUCCUCCGACUAGUGCCUUCAAUGUUUUUUUGUUUGUUUAUAUUUUUGUUGUGUACAUUUUUAUACUCUUUUUUAUGGCAUAACAAUUUGUUUUUCUAAUUUUGUUAAAUAUAUCUAUUUUUUACCAAAGGUAUUUAAUUUUCUUUGUAUUUACAAUCUAGAAAAAUUGUAUUUUAGUCCUGAGUCAACAUUACAGGAAGAGGAUAAGAAUUACUGGUUGUAUAAUUCGAAGAAUGUAGUGGUGCAUGUACACAUAGAAAAAUAAAGCAGACAAAAAUAUCAUUCUGACUUUACAAUUGUAAGUAAGUAGAUUCAUGAUGCUGGGAUAAGAAGGAACAUAAUAGCUGUUUUAACUCUUUUUAUAUUCUAGUGCCUUGAUCUAGAGAGAAUGUCUGUGAGCAUAGAAGCAGGCUUCAGCAUGCAUAGAUAAGAAAAUAAAUACUAUUUGUUGGAUGAGAUAUUACUGGCAUAAAUCUGAUAAGCAUCAAAAUACUCAUCAGAAGAUAGCUGUCAGCCCACCUUGCACUGGCUUGAAUGGGUUACAUAUCUGUACCAUCUACAUUCUGGCAGAAUUAUUUUUUGCAAAAAUAUAGUUUUUAUAUGUGACCUAUGAUAGAUUGGGAAGCAGGUAUCUUCAGGAAAAUAUCAUAAAUUCCAACACAGAGGGGUCUUGUCACCAAAUGAUAUAAUGGGUUGAUUAAAAUAUGCACAUAUUUAUUGCUACAGGCAUAAGGAUUUUAAUAUUAUCAUUGACAAUUGCUUCCUCAUAAGGCACAUGGUUUCCAGGAUUUUAGUGAUGUACAGUAUAAUUUUUGAAAUGUGGUUUUGCUUACAAUAUGUACAGUUUAUAUAUAAACCAGUACAUUUAUUCUCUUGAAUAAGAAGGGAAGAAGCAGUAAAAUAUUUUGCUUGUAAAAUA